ACUGACAUAUCGGCGCAAGGUGAUAGAGUCUUACAUCAGCCGUAGACGAGUGGCACACUGUGGGUUGCCAAAUUUAGCUCGGACUAGUGACAAGAGAGAGAGGUGGGGAGAAAUGAUCGUUGGAAGCUCUCUCUAUUCCUGAGGUACAAAGUCCGGAUAUAGUUAUACUGACUGAUCAACACAGAUCACCAUGGAGGAGUCAGCUGACAAUCAAGGUGAGAGUCAAAGUCAAGUCAUGGGGCCAGACGAAACAAACCCGGGCCCCGGAAUCGCUGAGGUUCCCAUAGCCCCCGCCGCGGCCCCCAUAGCCCAAACUGAAAUCUUCCAGGUGGAUGAGGCGCCAACCACAACUAUACCCGUAGGCUCCCCAGACAAUACCCAUCCAGACCCGGUACCCGCAACUUCAGGUGCUCAGGCAACGACACCGGACACUAAGCCUGACGCCAUUCCCUCCCCUGUUACUAGCCCUUCGCCCCUCCAAUCAUUUCCGCCAAAUUCCGGCGAUACAACAACGACGACGAAAGAUUCAAAUAUAAAGCCGACGGAUACCCAGACCUCCACCGUUCCUAAACCCGCUGCUCUGUCGUCAAAGAUUCCUACUCCCGCUAUUAGUAAAGCUCCCCAGCCCAGUUCCCAUGCCCCAUCAGGCGAGAUUCCACCCGCAAACCAGCCUUCUCUGACACCCCAGCAGACCCGCGCUUUACAACAGACAAUAGCGUCAACCCAGGUGCAAAUAAGGCCUCCGGUCAACGUGUCUAAAGCGCCCACACAGUCAGAAAAAUCGAGAACACCAGAGCCGCCAGCACCAAAACCGAUGACGCCUUCAGAAGAACCACCAAAGCCGCAGGAUUUACCAAAACCCACUCUGACGUCACAAGUUCCACAAGCCCCCAAAGAAACGUCCCAGAUCCCACCAAAGCCUAUUCAGACUCAGGAAAAAUGCCCCGAAGGCCCUCCAACGCCAUCGGCGCCUCCACAGAAAGCGACUCCAUUGCCGACAACACCCGCUGGUGGAAGUAACGCAUCCACUUCGACUCAAAGGGAAAUAACUCUAUACUUCAGUUAUGGCUCAUAUUACUCACAGAAGGUGCUGCUGGCGCUGUAUGAAAAAGACUUGACCUUCACCCCGCACGUGGUAAGACUGGACGACAACGAGCAGCUGGAGCCGUGGUUCAUCAAACUCAACCCCAAAGCGGAAGUACCCGUCUUGAAAGCCGGUGACAAAUACGUGACAGAGUCUGAAGUCAUCAUCAACUACAUUGGCCGCCUGCCGAUAUCUGCUGGUAACUCCUUAGUGGGCGAUUCACGGAGUGCCUCUGGACAAACCAUUCAAAGGUUCAGACGUCUUCUGGAUGGAGUCAACAUCCCCCUCCUUACAUACGGUCUCGUGCACCACCCACACCUUAGUAAAGGAACGAUCAAUAUACCUAGCUUUCGUCAACAGCUGAUGAAAGAAAGAAUAUCGGGGAAGCUGACAGUACUGGCAGGAUUAGCAGAGACUUACCCAGAACACAGGACCUCGUAUCUGGCACUCAGCGAGACGCAUGCGCAAAAGUACGAGACAUUAACUGACGAGGAGGCAGUGAAACGAGAGCUGGAGCAGCUCGGUACGGUGCUCAGCAAAGUAGAGGAACAGCUGGCUAAGUCAAUGGGCUCACAAGACAUGACAACUUCCGGUAGCUGGCUGUGCUGUGCCGAGUUCACGGCUGCGGACAUCACCCUACUGGUGUUGCUAACUCGACUGCACUUGCUGGGAUUAGAUGUUAAUUACCUCCAGGACGAUCUGCCGUCGUUACAGAGCUACUACAGACGAGCUGUUGACCGGCCAUCCUAUCAGCGGUUGCUCAAAAACACCCCCGGGGCCAGCUCGGCGGUGUUUCCCGUUCUCUGGUACAACUCCAAGAAGGCACUUCCGUACGUGGGCGGAGUUACCGCUGUGGGUGCGUUGGCCGGAGUUGCCUAUUGGCUAUACAAGAAGGUCACGUGAUAGAUGAUUGACAUUUCUGUAGGAUUAAGGCAUGUAUAAUUUGAAAAUCAUAUGUAAGCAAUUGCUUCCUUUGUUCCAAAAGCAGAAACGGCUAACAUAGGAAAAAGCGCGCGUGUUGCGGACGUGUGCUGUGUGAGUUUCCAUAUCUCCAUGAUGUUUAUUCAUAAAAUAUAGAGAGGUCUUAGCACAUUGCCAGAAUUUGGUAUAGGGCUAUUAUAUAGCCACCAGAAUCCACUUGAAAAAACAGUGUAUAUAGUUGUACGUAUUUACUCGUGUCUGUAAUAAAUAUGCAUCAGGUUUGGAAAACUUAA